CAAGCGUAACACAAGUGCAUGGAUCUACCAGAACCACGGCACGGUCACAGUCUUGAUUUAGCCGUCGAGCGGACGUCUCACGGUAACAGGGAGCAGCUGCUGUGUAUAGGUACCCCGGGCCCCUAUUCUGAUCCGCAUUUUGUGCAAAGAGAAAAAAAAAUGUCGCACCUGUGGUGCCAUCAUGUGGUUUUGCAUUUGGUUGUACAUUUGCUUUUGCUUGGUUGCUGCGUACAAAGGAUAAACAGUAUAAUUGUUCCAGUCGAGCGUGGUGCGGUGGAGAUCACUACCACCAUUCCCACUAUUACCAUCGCACAACCAAGAGCCGCCGAACAGGCAAAUUUUACAAGCAGCUACCGAUUGCCCUGCUCGGCCGGGAAGCCAUUCUUGUUCGAACGAUCGUCCAACAGUUUAAAGCUUUACUUACUCGAUGCGGCCGGACUGCAUCGGUUUGAGAAUGAGGAAUCUAGCGGCAUUGUCAAAUCACACAUUAGUACGCUACCAAAGCGGUACGAAGAAGCAGUAACGCUACAGAUCCUUGAUAUAAAACUAGGAGAAGCGGAUUAUGUACUCUUCGUCGUUACUACCGACCAAUGGCAUAAUGUAUUCUUAGCCCAGCAGAACGUUGGCAUUGGACCGACCAGUGCUCAACCUAUACAGCGUAUCAAGUACUCUGGUACUUAUUCAAAAGCCCAACUACUUGAGUGUAACGGUAGUAUAUACAUGGUUACGAUCGUCACCUACGCAAGCACUGGGAAAAUUCGUGUCUAUCGCUGGCAGCAGUCUUAUUUUUCGCUUGAGAGUACCAAGGAGGUGCUAUCUAUUGAUGAUGUACGGUGCCAUUGUCCCGGUACGCUAUUGCUGCUGGCACUAGAUUAUGCCCAGUUGCCGGAGCGUUCACUAAACCACGUGCUGUUGCUGGAUAAUGCAGAAAGACCCGUCAAGGUGCAGGAAAUGUUUUUCAUGUACAGCUCGUUACCAUCCUUCACACUCGAUGAUGAACUAUUUCUAAUACGACACGUUAGCAAAGACAAAUCAUAUCUCUAUCAAUGGAGUGCGGAGGCGAGAUUUGUGCGCUUGCGGAAAUUAUCUCAGCAUCCACUACAAAUCACAACAUUUACCCAUUGGGAUAGUACGUUGGCAGUUGCGUUCGAGGAUACCAUUCGGCUGUACGGCAGCAACAAACAGAAUCUGUUGCGUGUCGAAACUCCAUUUUCGUUGCAUGGAAGCAAUGCAUCGGAACCAUUAAAAGAGCUUACGCCAGGAACUUCCGGAGAGAAGUUAAAGAAGCUUUACGGGCUACGAACUGCCGCAAGCGGGGAAGUUAUUUUAGCUACAGAGUUCUAUUGUCCUGCAGCGAGUGAAGUUUCUCCUAACUCAACUGCACUGCAAAUUUAUAAACUUUCCACAAUGAGUGUUACACGAUCAGCAGAAGCAACAGCACAGGAGCAGGGCUUUCAGACACUGAACAGCUGCCUGGACCGGCUCAAACAGGAACUCAAUGAACGUAAAAAGUGGAUCGAUCUUAUACGGUUGCAGCUAUCACGCAAAAACCUACUAUUCGAUGCCAUCGCACAAAACGAUCCAGUAAAGUCGACGCUCAUACACCCGUCAGUGACACUAGACAGUGUUCUCUUACCGCACAAUAAUCCAAAUCUAUUGCCACCAUCACGUACCAUACUGAAUGGGCAGUCUCUUCUUCUACGUCACUACCGCGUAGCUACCGACCUCAACCAGGUUCUACUGCUAAAUCGUGAACGAACAGAAAUCCAGGGUGAUCUGCACGUGACUGGUAACUUGCGCACACGCAGCUCCAGAAUUCGUGCCGUCAGGGCGCAGGACAGUUUGGAGGCCGAUGGUAAAAAGAGACGAAUGCGAUCCACUGUCCGUGUAGCGGGAAAAACUUCUUAUCGUGUUGUGAAGGCGAAGGAAAUUGUUUCUGAUUCAACGCUAAGCAAACGAUGUUUGCUACGCUCUAAGAUGAAUGUUUUGCACGGUACGAUGCAACUGGACGAACUGAGUACACAAUCCGUCCGUGUGGAGCAAGGUAACAUCAAUCAUAUUACUGUACCAACGCGAAAGGUGCUCCUAGAUGCAGCGAACCAUGGUUACCGAGGGCAUAAGGUAUUUCGCAACGUUAAAUCCUUCCGGUUAAAUACUCAACAUCUCAACGGUCAUCCACUAUCGACGGAAAUUAUUGAAUCGGGACUAAAGUACGCUAACGAUGGUAUAACGAUAAAGACAGAUGUGUGUCGCACACGUAAUCUAAUUGUACGUAAUACUGUGAAUGAUUUUCCACUGAGACAACUACUCUUCUUACAUCAGCAUACCUUGCAUAUUAAAGGUAAUCUAUUUCUGGGUGAACAGGUGUGCGUUAAAAAUCUCCAAUAUCGUCAUACGCUCAACAACAUCCCGAAUGAAGAGUUGUUGGACAGAAUCUCAAACCAAACCAUCACCGGUCCCGUAUUCGUAAGUAAAGGCUUCACGCAUAAUCUUCAGGUACAUCAAGUGAAUGGAGAGUUGUUGUCCAACUACGCCACCACAUCUCAGCCGCACCGAAAUGGACAGCUACAGACACUGCAGAUCCAAGCACCCGUGCGAGCGGAGAAGAUGAUAGUUCUUGGUGAUCUUACGGCAAACCACGAAGAACAGCAGCUAACACCACACAUCGGUACGCGUCCGGGUGACUUCCGGCAGCUAUACACCGGCAAACUCGUAUUGAACGGUACGCUACGAUUAAAAGUAGCCAAUAUAAAUGCUCCAAACAUUACCAUUAUGGGACAAUCCGUAACGAGUAAGCCAUACCAGCAGUACCUGUUGCGAACGGAACGUCAGAUUAUCAGCCAUCCGAUUGGGUAUCAUACAGCACAGUUUCAAUAUUUGUUCGCAAACACCUUAAACGGAGUCGCACUGUGGCAGUUUAGCUUAACACAUCGCAACUGGCAAAAUAGUUUCUAUCUGCAGGACGUGGCUGUGCAAGGCAGUAUUCGACCCGCUCGGAUCGCCAAACGGUUGCAUUCGGUGCAGCAGAACCGUAUCGACGUUAAUGCUCAUAUUCGCGUGUGUGAUGCAAAACAUUUUGCCGGAACGCUUCGUGUAGCACACCUGCACACCCGCUCAAUCGACGGUACUAUUGCCCCGGAAGCACUCUGGCGCAAAGAUAGCCAGCAUGGAAUGGGUAAUGCCGCGCCGAAAGUAUUUCUCGGUCGGACUGAGCUGCGACAAAGCGUUCUACAGAUCCGAGGCCCAUUGCAAACGGCUGGGUUCAAUGGCCGAACCUCGUACGAUUUAGCCGAGCUAGCUAAACCACCUGCAAGACGUUAUCACACGCUGCAGUUGAGUGCCGUUAACGCUACUAUGGCGAACGUUCAACAGAUGGUGGAUCUGUCGCUUGAAGAAAUAUUGCAACGCUUCGUUACUACCGUGCAUCAUCACCAUGGAUCGAGCUUAGGAAGUGUACCAUCAUUUGCCAAGAUCGUUACCCAAGCCCAUUCGCAACAGAUACCCAUUGCCACGGUUGGGCAGAUCAACUUCUGUCCCGUUCAACGGCUUCUACAGGAAACAGUGUCUAAACAAAGCCGUUCAGGACGUUCGAUUGCAGGCUAUAAGCAAGUGCUUGGAACGGUUCACAUUCCCAAGCAACUUACCGUUGGCCAGAUCAAUAGUUACGAGACGGCGAACCUUGGGCGUAUUGUAACGCGUGGUCCAGAUGCGUUACCGCAAAGUAUUGACAGCCGCUGGCGCUUCGGAACGGUCACAACUGGCUAUCUUACGGCAAAGCUCAUCAAUCGAACGCCUCUCACCCGACUAGCGUUGCACUCUGAAGAAACGUUACUACUGCAGAGUGAACUUCUUAUCGAACGGUUACAGGUGAAUGUGCUCCAACUACCAAAACAUCCGAACUGGAUCUUUGAACCAAACACGGCCUCCUCACUAAUACACCUACCUCACGGUGUUACACGACUACGUUGCCACGGUAGCAUUCACAGUCACAUCCGUGAUCCGACUCACCUGCUCAAUCAGCUGCUACUAACGCCGUCUCUCGAUCAAACCCGAACCGUUACUAGUGGAGUUGUUUUCGGUGGGCAAAGUGUUCACUUCGGUAACUGUUCCACACCUGCCGGAGGUACGCUACAAUGGAUCGAACGAACAGCCCGGUACUGUUUGCGCAGAAACACCUCCCCAACAUUACGUCUUCCCAUCGUAUUCGAGCAUGACCAGGUACUGCUGCAGACAGGACCUAAUGUAAUGACGAUACGAGGCAAUCUUCACAUUGCUGAACCUGGCUACCUUAAGGUGCGUACCAUCGCCGGUGUAAAUGUGGCAGAACGGCUCGGUCCAUCCGCUGACCUUUAUCGGUUGUUGACCGUGCCCCAGAAGUUGCCUAUUGUGGGUGAAAAACGUUUUUCGCGUGAACUGAUCGCCACCGUACAUAACAUGACCCUUGUGUCUGGCCCUACCGGAAGCAAUUUCUGGUCCCGGUUGGCUUUCUGUAACCAUCCGACACAACAUCACUGCACCAGUUCGUUACAUUUCGCACAAUCGCUGGUAGUCGGCGAACUGCUGGCAGCUGAACACCUUAACAAAGUACCAUUCAACGGCUUUUUCCACGCAUUUGUAAAGCGCCAAUCCGCACCAAUUCAUCAAUCAAAGCUACAUCACAUUCAAGAUUUUACCGGUACGUUAACGGUGUCCGAGCUGCACCUUACCGGUACCGCAACGAUCCUAAACCACAUCAACAGCAUUCCACUCGGGGAAUUAGUUUUCCAUUCUACCACGAACGCCACCCAUCAAAUAGUGCCGGGUGCAAAAACGUUCCGUACCCUUCACAUCGAUGGACCGCUUUCGCUGCAGCAGCUUAAUAAGCGCCCACUAUCACAGGUGAAACGAGACUCGCUAUCUUUAGACGAUGUCCAUCAGCUUGAGGCGAUCAUUUUCAACAAGCCCGUGCUUAUCUCCGCACUGCACACACGCACCCUAUACCACAUUCGUACCGCAUCCUAUCGUCUUGUGGCUGAAAAUCCGACCGUCAAGCUACCAGCUGAGUUGCAGCUGCGUUCGGAUCAUCUUCAUCCGCUAGCUAAAAUUCAGCGCAGCAAUAAUGUCGCACGUGCACGUUCCAGCACGCUAGCAUUACACCCGCGAGAGUCGAGCAGUGUGAUCGAACUUUCAACAGCGGAUGGAGUCGGUACCAUUCGACUACACUGUUCGCCUGAUCAACGAUCGUUAGUAGUGGAGUUGCAUCGACUGCCAACGAAUCGUACCAGUGAACAACGGCUGCACGAGUUGCCACCAGCGAUCGGAUGUUUGCAGCUGGUUGAUGCAUAUACCGUGAAUCGAAUGACAAUAGUGAUUCUACUGCGACACAAGAACGCCGAACCGACGGCAAAUCGGAAUCUGACCAUCAACACACUCUAUCAAUACGAUCUUGUACGGGGACAUCUCGCAUCGGUUAAGAUGCCAAACCCCAGUUCAACCUGCCAUCAUGCACGUCUGCUGCAGCCAAAACAGGAAGAAAUAAUGUUUGCCACUGCCGGAUGCUUCGAUACUACUGUAUCCAGCGGAAUAAAACUCUAUCAACUCGAUACCGAUAGCACGCCAAUACGUUUACGCCACUUUCAAACAAUCGAUCUAGUCUCCACGGUAAGCGCAAUGAGCUCUACCGUCGACGGGACCACUCUGCUGGUAAAAGAUGACACCACCCAUUGGCAUCGCUACACUUAUAGCUCGGUGAAGGGCUGGACACAAGAUGAUACCCAACUGCCUUAAAACUAUAUAUUAUUAACACGCUUGAAGAAGGAUAAAAUGGAUGCUGCAUUUGAAGUUUUCUUCUCGUUACACAAAUCGUUGUAUCUUAUAUUUUAUAUGAGUGUUAUGUAACGUGCAUAUGUAUUGUUAUGUGUAUGCGUGAGAUGAUUUUUUUGUUAUACAAUAAAUUAUUUAAAAAAAUGAGA